GCGAUGCGCUGUCCGCAGUGCAGUGGAGUUACAUUACGGACAGUUUCGGUGCUCGAUCCUGUGAUCGAAACGAUCAUGAGCCGGAUCAUCGAGAUGUGCUACGCUUAUCGAUGAAUUGUCGGAAACGACGCUUGCAUUCGGCUCACCGAGGGUAGCGACCGGAUAACAUCCCGCGGUUCAGGCGGUCCGUCCCCCCUCGAAGGUCUCUCCUGCGAGCAGAUGAGCUGAACUUGACCACAUUUCAAAAUGUCCAAGUUCUCGAGAUCCUGCUUGAACUGCUGUCGGCGAGUUCUCGAUUACCGGCUCAACCCACAGAUGUCACUGGGCCCUGAUCAGUGGUACCGUCGGAAUGGUUUUUCGCUGCCGCUGCACCCGUUCCAGCUAGCGGCCUGGUUCAUGUUGGGAAUCUUCCUCUUCCUCUACUAUACGGCUCUGAUCCCCAACGUAUCGAGCUCGUGUGCCCAACGAAUUCUCAUCAUCGUCAUGACGGUAGGCGUAUCCAUUCAUAUCCUGUCGCACGUUGUCUGUAUGGCGAUCAAUCCCGCCGACUACAGUGUCCUCGCGAAAAACUUCCAAGGCCGUAGGCCGUUUGACAGAAGCAAGCACAAACAUGUGAUAGAGAACCAGUACUGCUAUAUCUGCGAAACGAGGGUCGGUGCUAAGAGCAAGCACUGUUCGGCGUGCAACAAGUGCAUCGGAGAAUUCGAUCAUCACUGCAAAUGGCUCAACAAUUGCGUCGGAGUCCGUAAUUACCGCUGGUUCUUGCUCUGUGUUAUAUCGGCGUUGUUCUGCUCGCUUCUCAUCGUAGGUCUGAGCGGCCGUCUAUUCUUCGAGCACAGCAUCUCGGUCACGGACCUGAAACGUGCCGCUAUCGAGCAGAACAACUGCGAGCCGUUCGUUCAGCAUUCCAACUGUACACUCUCAUCGGUGCCGGUGAUCCAUCGCUUCUUCGCGAGCUCCCGCAUCGACUACAAGCUCUACGUUUUCAUUCUUCUGACAACAAUCAUUCUGUCGUUAGCAGCUACGUUACUUCUCACACAUCUGCUGUUUUUCCACAUUUUCCUCUGGAAGAAGAAAAUGUCUACCUACGAAUACAUCGUCUCUAAACGGGAUACGCUGCGUCAUCAGCAGGAUCAACUCGGCUACACCGAGAGAACCGUGUGUUGUUGCUUUAAACGCAAGCAGAAAAUCAAUCAGAUCCGCCCAUCUUCGUUGGCGAACGUUGAGGACACUAUACGACCCGACAACGCCAACGUCCAGCAGAACUCUUCCCAACAAGAAGCGACCCAAGCGCCCCAACAAUUCGACAUGGAGAGAAUCGAGAAGGAGAACCUGGCGCGCAAAGCCAGCUCUAGCCAUUCGCAAGUGUCCCGCAUGGCCAGCAAUAAAUCUCAUACAUCGUCGGUGAUCACGCAAGAUGACCUGAAGCGCAAAGGAUCUUUCGCGGCCGGCGAUGUCUAUAUCGGAACCCCGACCGCCGAAGUGAUGGUCGCCGAUGAGAUCAGUCGGAGGAGCGCGUCGCUCCAUCGGCAAGAGUCUCUGCAACGACAAGACUCGCUGCAGCGACAGGAAUCUCUACCUCAGGAUCCGCCCGAGGUCGGAUCGGAUAGACCCGGCUCGUUGGAAGGAAGUCGCUCGGGGCGUUCAAUAUCUCAGUUGUCGCUCAACAAAAAUCAAUAUCCCUCUAGUGAAAGCGUCCAUCUACCUAUAGAGGCAGACGUCGUCAUUUGUCAGGGCGACAGCACGCACGAGGCCCUGAGCAAAGGGCAUAGCAUGAUGAAUCUUUUGCCCCAGAAUUCCGCCGAUUCCGCUUGCAACGCCGAUGAGGAAGAGCUGAACGCUCCGUCCGAGGACGCUGAAAAUAGACCUAAGAGGCGUAACCACGAUUCAGGUUAUUCAGAGAAGACCAAGCGCAGCCCUAAAUCCGAAGAGAUCGACGAACAUGAAAAGAAAGUCGACCCGCUCAUGCUGAAAGCCAUGGAGCGAGCCAUGAUGCGACCGCAAACGCUGCCCGUGACAGUCUCACCUCUGAUAGGCAAUAAUCUGAGUCCCGUGAACGCGUGA